AUGGCUCCAAAAGGUAAGAAGGUUGCUCCAGCACCAUUAGCUUCUAAGUCCACCAAGACUGCUUCUUCUAAGAACCCAUUAGUUGAAUCUAGACCAAAGAACUUCGGUAUUGGUCAAGAUAUCCAACCAAAGAGAAACUUAUCUAGAUUUGUCAGAUGGCCAGAAUACGUUAGAUUACAAAGACAAAAGAAGAUCUUGUCUUUGAGAUUGAAGGUUCCUCCAGCUAUUGCUCAAUUCCAAAACACCUUGGACAAGAACACCGCUGCCCAAACUUUCAAGUUAUUCAACAAAUACAGACCAGAAACUGCCUCUGAAAAGAAGGAAAGAUUAACCAAGGAAGCCGCCGCUGUUGCCGAAGGUAAGUCCGCCAGAGACGCUUCUCCAAAGCCAGUUGUCGUCAAAUACGGUUUAAACCACGUUGUUUCUUUAAUCGAAAACAAGAAGGCCAAAUUAGUCUUGAUUGCCAACGACGUCGACCCAAUCGAAUUAGUCAUCUUCUUACCAGCUUUAUGUAGAAAGAUGGGUGUUCCAUACGCCAUUGUGAAGGGUAAGGCCAGAUUAGGUACUUUAGUCCACAAGAAGACCUCCUCCGUCGCUGCUUUAACUGAAGUCACCUCCGCUGACGAAGCUGAAUUAGCCAAGUUAGUUUCUACUAUCAACGCUAACUUCAUCGAAAAGUACGAAGACUCCAAGAAACACUGGGGUGGUGGUGUCAUGGGUUCUAAGUCCAACGACAAGAUCGCCAGAAAGGCUAAGGCUUUAGAAGUCGAUCCAACUGUCCGUGCUUAA